AUGGCAAUCGCCACGGGCAGCUGCAGGAUCGCCGUGUUCUGCUGCGCGUUGUCAGCCUUCCGCAUCUCGCCACGCACGUUGCUGAUGGUGUGCACGUUGCCGCGCAGCUCCCCGCCAACCGGGCGGCUCUUGCGUGAGCCGUCGCCAAUGAAUUCGUACAGCUGCGGCAGCACGUCGUCCUCCAUCACGUGCAGCACACGUGCGUUGCGGUACUUGAGACGCUUUACGCGCAGCGCAGCAGCCGCCUCAUCAUCAUCAUCAUCGUCAUCGUCUUCUUCCCCAUCAUCGACUGAGAUAUUGCCAGCGCCCACACCAUCGGAUUGCUCGGCCGCCGCCGCCGCCGCCGCUGCUGCUGUCAGGCCCGCGCGUGCCUCCUCGUCGCUGCCGCUGUCAAGGAAGUGGAAGUGGUCGAGCACCAUCACCACACCGCGCAGCAUGGGCAGCCGCAGCGAGGCAUUCUCGCGCGCGUUCAGCAGCAACAGACUCAGCACACGGUGGUAG